UUGAAUCAAGGCUUCCAUUCAUGAUUUCUGAAAAAGUAGUUAAAGAUAAAAAAAACUACCAUCAUUUUUCAGGGAUGAAUUAGUGACGUUGGAGUGACUUGUGAUGGAGAUUUUGUAUUCAUGGCUCGUCGGUCUAUACUUUCCGCCAGAAGGAGUUACAAAGAAGUUCUCACUGAACCUCCAUUGCCCAACCUGAAGCUUCUUAACACGAGGAAAGAAGACUCUCUUAUAGGUAGUGAUCGCAGAAGACAAAAAACAACAAUGUAUAUAAGCAUGAUCGUCAAUCAGAGUUAUGGUAUUAUAGGACUUGUAUACUAACAUGAUCGUCAAUGCUGUUAUGGUAUUAUGGGGCUUGUAGUAUAAGAAGAGAGGAUCAUGUAUAGUAUCAUGAAGAUAACGUACCGGUUAUUAUAAUAGUAGACAACGUGCCGGUUUAGGUAGUUUAAUGAACCAAAGAUGAUCGAUGAUAAUAUUAUUACUAUGUUGGUUUAAAUUAAGUUGUAAGUUAGGUUGAUAUAUCCAAGGAACCAAACACAUUUACAUGUCCAAACACGUGCUAUUCUAAAGGGAGUCCAAAAAUAAAUGAGUACUUUGAACUGGUAGAUUUUUUUUAGGACUCUAAAUUACUAGAGUAGAUUCACUCGCUACCUAAAAGCUCUCUUUUUUCAAUAUACACUGUACACAUUAUAGAUUAUUGUCAUAUUGCCCCCAUAUUCAACCGGUGAAACCUACUACAAAAAAAAAAAAAAAUUAAUUAAUGUAACAAGUAAAAUAUGUGGCCACGUUGUAUUCACUCACACCUCUCAAGAUAAUUAGAUAGCUUUCAGGAAGACAGAAGAUGAACGUGGUCUUUCAUUAUGCACACAUCUUCUUGUACUGAAUUUCUUCUCAUGAGAAGAACAACGAUGAAGACGUAUACGGUGAGCAGACAUUAACAACUCUUUCAUUUCUUUUCCUCCUUCUCUUAAAUCAUUGAUUCUCACAUCAUGUUUUUGUUUUCAUACUUUGUUUUCGUUUCUUUUUUUUAGUGAUCCAAUGGUGAAGAAUAACAACGGCGGACCGGUAAAAGUGUCGCCAUAUCAGAAAAAAGGAGAAGAGAUGAAGAUAAUCUCUAUAUGGUAGUGAAGAAUAACAACGGUGAACGAAGUGAAGGUGUAUCAGCAUGUUUGCCAAAAGAAGAAUUAAAGAAGAUGAACUUUUCGUCUAUACUAUAUUCGGGAAAGGAAUAGUCUAGUAUAUAUUCUUUAGUGUAGUUAUUUAUAUAAAAUUACUAUACUAUUUGGGAUAUAUCUAUACUAUUCCUUAAAAAUGUAAUCAUCUUUAUAUUUACAAAUUUGAUAGUUUUCUUCUAUGUCAUUUUGUGUAAUUGAUUAUAAUAUGAAAUUCAUACUAUAUUGGUUUAAGUGUAAUGAUUAAAACCAAUUUUGGAUAGAUGACAAAUAAACUCUUAUAUUAGUGUACUAUACUACAUUUCUACACUAUAAAUAAUAUUUAUAUUGUAUAAAUUAAAAUUACAUAAUUAUGUAUUAUUUUAGAUUUUGAUAUUUGGAUUUAGAGUUUAUAUUUGAGUUUAGGGUUUAGUAAUUAGUGAUUAAGGUUUAGUAUUUAGAGUAAUAGCGGUCAGUUUGAGGUCAAUAUUAGAUUUUGAGAUUUGGGUUUAGAGUUUAGGGUUUAGGGUGUAUACUUGGGUUUAAAGUUUAGUGAUUAAGAUUUAGGGUUUAGUAUUUAGAAGGCCGGGGUUGGGAUUUGGGUUUAGUGAACAUGUAUAGUUUCAUUUGUCGAUUAAUAAAGAGUGUUCUAUUUUGCUCACCAAUAUGUUUUAUACUAUUUAUUUUAUUCCAUUAUAUUUGAGUUUAGGGUCUAUACUUGGGUUUACGAUUUAGUGAUUAGAGUUUAGAGUUUAGUAUUUGGAAGGUGUGGGGUUAAAGUUUGGGAUUAGUGAUAGCAGUUUAGGGUUUAGUAUUGAAAAUGUGCCUUCAAGUGUCCGAUAUUGGAAAUUUUUUUAUAGAUUGUAUUUGGGUUUAUAGGUUCCUGCCUAGGGUUUAGAUUUACUAAGUAAAGGUUUGUGUAUAGUAAACCAUAUUAUAUACAUUCCAUUUGAGUUUAUGCUUCCUUUAUUAGGGUUUAGUUUUACUAAUCAGUGGCGUAUCUUGUAUUAUUGUAUUUUUUCGGGUGGGGAGAGCUUAUUGUUUGCAUUUCAUACUAUGGAUACAUCACUAGAUAAAUUUGAUUAUUUGGAACAUUUGUUUACUAUACUGUUUAGACUAUAUGAAAUAGAAGAUAUGCAACAUGCUAACCAAGUAAGUGUGAGUGUCCAAUAUUAGAAAACAAUUUGUAGAUUGUAUUUGGGUUUAUAAGUUUCUGUCUAGGGUUUAUAUUUACUAAGUAGAGGUUUGUGUAUAGUAAACCAUAUUAUAUACAUUCUAUUUGAGUUUAUACAUCCUUGAUUAGGGUUUAGCUUUAUUAAUCAGUGGUGUGUCUUGUAUAGUUUUCAGUAGAGGUUUGAGUGAGAUACAAUAGUACAUGCGUAACCGAGAUAGAAUAGUAUACACGCAAUCUGGUAAGCAUUAAAUUCUAAAUUCUUCAUGCAUUAAUCUUUUUUUAUCUGUAUUUAUUAAUGUGGUAAAAAAUACAAAAGUCACAUAAAUUGUGGGUCACAUAAAUUUGUGUCAACAUCACUUUUUAUUAUUUGUCACCGAUAAAUACACAUAUUUCACAUAGACGACGUGAACUUACCUUUUUUCCUUCACCUGCUACUUGUAAGACAAAGGAUUAUAACCGGAUGAAAGAAAACACAUUUGUUACUUCCCUAAUUAUGUCAAAAUCAUUUACCUGCACUUAAUUAAACUACCAAACUUACUUAGAUAUCUCUCAAAUUCUCCCUUAGAUGUAUGGGUGAAUUCAUAUAUUAUUAGAGAAAGAGAUGGGUAAGCCUUGCAAGCGAGCUUCAAAGCAACAAUCUUGCUUGUACAGUAUUUUCCUAUUUCCACAAUUUAAAGCAUCAACAUAUUUAAAAAGACAUAUACAAAUACGAACUCUAAAUCACAAAAGCCUAUUUGAAACAAGAACAGAGGUCUCGUUAAUAUUUUACUAAGAUGAGAAUCUCUUUUGUCGUCUUCGUGUUUGUUACCAUUUAUAUACAAAAAUCAAACUCCGUUGAUUUAAAAUAUUUGUCUGCUUUUAAUUUCGGAGAUUCUAAUUCCGAUACGGGUGAUCUCGUCGCUGGCCUUGGCGUUCAUCUUGACCUUCCUAACGGCCAAAAUUACUUCAAAAUUUCUUCCCAAAGAUUCUGCGAUGGACGUCUUGUCAUAGAUUAUCUAAUGGAUGCAAUGGACAUGCCGUUUCUAAAUCCUUAUUUGGAUUCACUAGGUUUACCGAAUUUCAAAAAAGGGUGUAACUUUGCAGCAGCCGGAUCCACCAUUCUUCCCGCAAACCCGACCUCUGUUUCUCCCUUCUCCUUUGAUCUUCAAAUCUCUCAAUUUAUUCGGUUCAAAUCUAGGGCACUUGAACUACUUGCUAAAACAGGAAGGAGAUAUGAAAAGUACUUGCCACCAUCUGAUUAUUAUGCAAAAGGACUAUACCUGAUUGACAUAGGCCAAAAUGAUAUUGCUGGUGCCUUUUACUCCAAGACUCUUGACCAAGUUCUUGCCUCUAUUCCUUCCACUCUUGAAACUUUUGAAGCUGGGCUAAAGAGGCUGUAUGAAGAAGGAGCUAGAAACUUUUGGAUACACAACACAGGACCGUUAGGAUGUUUGGCUCAAAAUAUUGCCAAAUUUGGGACAGAUUCAACAAAGCUUGAUCAGUUUGGAUGUGUUAGUUCCCAUAACCAAGCAGCCAAACUGUUCAAUCUUCAACUACAUGCCCUCUCGAACAAAUUUCAAGCCCAAUUCCCUGAUUCAAAUGUUACUUACGUUGAUAUUUUCUUGAUCAAAUCCAAUCUCAUCGCUAACUAUUCUCAAUACGGUUUUGAAAACCCCAUAAAGGUCUGUUGUGGAACUGGUGGAGCACCUCUAAAUUAUGAUAGCCGCAUUUCGUGUGGCCAAACUAAAGUCUUAGAUGGGACAACAGUAACGGCCAAAGCAUGCAAUGAUAGUUCUGAGUACAUAAACUGGGAUGGAAUUCACUAUACCGAAGCUGCAAACCAUUUUGUUUCAGAUCAGAUCUUAACUGGGAAGUAUUCUGAUCCAGCUUUUUCAGAUCAGAUGCCAUUUCUUCUAAGCAUAAAACUUUAAAAUGUGUAAUAAUUUGUUGUUUCAUUAAUUGUUUUUGUUCUCGGUCAUAGUUAUACAUAUACAAUGUUCAAAUAAACCGAUUUACCAAUAAAAUUUAACUUAAAAAA